AUGGCUGUGAAAUCAGAUUUGUCCCAAGCGGGCUUUGUAACUAAUAGUGUUAAAAGCACAUGGGUCCCAGUUCAGUCUCUCAGAUGGUUGGGCUAUCAAUGGGAUUUAAAGCAUAAUUUGUUAUCUAUUUGUGUGGAAAAAAUCGACAGGCUACUAGCGAGUACUGACAUUGUGCUCCUUCAAGUAGAUUACCAGCCAGGCGACUGGCUUCUGUCACCGGAAGUAUUAUUUCUAAUAUGCUUGUUUUUGGCAAUGUGUGUAAGGUGAUGACCAAAAGCCUACACAGGGCUCUCGAUCGCAGGCAAGGGUGCGAUUCCUGUGUUGAAUUGGACCCAUGCACUCGCAAAGAGUUAGAGUUUUGGAAGAAUACGAUUCUAACCUGAAUUCUAGGUCGUUUCUCAAUACUGUUCGUAAGCCAUCUCGCAUUGUUUAUUAAGAGUUUUGCUCUGAAAAGCUUUGCACACCUUCUCUCAGGCUGCGAUGUUUAGUGGUUUACUGAUAUCCAGCAGUUCCUUCGAUUGUUCAUUCUGGUAGUAUGAAGGAGCAUUUGCAUAUCUUGGCGCUCGACAUAUUUCAGACGGCCAAAGAUAAUAAGAUUCACCUUGAGGUUGAGGGGAUACCUAGUACUCAGAAUGAGAGAGCAGAUUAUUUGAGUAAGAUUGUUGAUUAUGAUGACUGGAUAGUCAAAGAUUGCUAUUUUCAUGCUGUUACCUCUGUUUGGGGCCCCUGCUCAGUAGACUGCUUUGCUAGCUACAAAAAUCGCAAGGUUCCCAGGUUCUUUUCCAAAUACUUUAAUCCAUAUUUAAUCCAUAUUCCUUGGCAGAUUAUUUGAGUAAGAUUGUUGAUUAUGAUGACUGGAUAGUCAAAGAUUGCUAUUUUCAUGCUGUUACCUCUGUUUGGGGCCCCUGCUCAGUAGACUGCUUUGCUAGCUACAAAAAUCGCAAGGUUCCCAGGUUCUUUUCCAAAUACUUUAAUCCAUAUUCCUUGGGUGUCGAUUCAAUCGCCUUUAGUUGUGUCAUGUUGGCUUGUGCCACCUGUUUCGCUAGUUGAGAAGGUCAUCCUUCAUGUCUGUUUGUGUAGUUGUCGGGGAAUUUUAGUAGGUCCUUACUGGCCGUCAGCCCAUUACUGGCCCCUUUUGGUGGAACGCGAAGGUGUUUCCAAGUCAUUUGUUGCAGUUUGUCUCUACGUCGAGAAUGCUAAGGAUGUUUUCCUCCAUAGGAGGGGGGGGGGGGGAACAAUUUUAGUACCCCAGUGCUUUUUCUGUUGCUCGACGGGGCUGUACGGGAAUCUAUAUAUCUUGCUGUGGAGUUGUACGCCGCUUGGCCAGUUUACGACGAACCCAGUAGUUUUUGCCAGUACAUGAAGAUUGCACGUUUUUACGCCACUGGCUGUCUGUAUGUAAGCCGUUUUGGUUGGUUGACUUUUUUCAUUAUCGAGGCUUCUUAUUUUCACUCAAUUGCUCGGUCGUUUGCUCAUAAUUAUUUUUCUUUUCUUAUUAUAUUGAUGUUUCUACAAGGUGGACGUGCGUUUGCUUUGAAGAUUGCUCAUCUAAAGGAUCCAGAGCUUCGUAAGUUAGCAGCCGAUCUUCCCUUGCGUACCAUUGAAGCGAAGGCUCCUUCGACGACGGAGCGUUAC